AUGUACUUUGAUGGUAUGUAUCACAAGAUCCAUUCUGACUUACUUCAUGCAGAUAUGAGUGUUCCUCCCGGCCCAGCGGCCAUCACUGAACACGACAAUACUGAAUCAAAAUUACUCGAACGAUUUAAAGGAGCCCUUCCGCAUAAACUGGGCCCAGCAAAUAUAACGUGUCAAUACUGUUUUGCGUAUAGGUGGUCGGAGGAAAGAACCAAGGCUCAUCAGAAAUCGAACUCACGGAUCUUUCAAAACUGUUGUAAGAAGGGCGAUGUGACGCUCCCAUUAGCUUAUUUUGAGGAGGCUUUAUUGCCGCAACCGUUGAUGGAUUUAUACACUGGAACUGACACAGUUGCACAGGAAUUCCAAACCAACAUUGCGACAUAUAACAAUUUAGUUUCGUUUGCUUCACUUGGGGCAAAAAUAGACAAUUCAGUGAACGGUCAAAAAGGGACUUAUACCUUUCGUAUAAAUGGUCAACUAAACCAUAACAUAGGAUCCUUGCUUCCCGUCGACGGGGAAGAGGCAGCCUUUGCUCAAAUUUUUAUCGUCGGGGAUGGAGGCAAAGAAGAGGUAUCAUUACGAGAACGAAAAUUAAUCAACCCUAAGUACAAAAAACAAAAGAAAGUGAACAGACAAACUCUAAGACUGAUCCAGGAUAUUAUCAACAAAGAAAAUCCUUACGCGGUUUUCCUCAAGGGCGUGGCCGAGAUCAUAAAUUCCGACAAAACUGCACGGGUCAUCUUGAAAUCGUUGCCACCAGGAAAACGAGAAAUGAAGACUUACAACAAGCCCCGCCCCGAGGACGUUGCCGCUUUGAUUCAGGGAAACGGGGAAGUGGAAAGGAUGCCUCGAGAUGUCUUACUCCGACAUAAGGAUGGAUUUCAAGACCACAUUACGGACCUCAAUUCUGGUUAUAUGGGGCUGAGAUAUCCGCUAAUGCUGCCGUACGGGUCCCAACAAUGGGAUGGGAUGUACGAAUCCCCGACAAAAGGGACAAACCCAGGUUAUUACGAAUAUUUCACCAUGUUGAUCACGUCGUCGACAUGUAGGUAA